UAAAGGUCCUUUUCGACGAACAAGGCUUCGCAAACAUGUCGUCCAUCACGGUCCCCGACAAGGGUCAGUUCCAGCACAUUCUUCGUCUGCUCAACACCAACAUCGAUGGCAGGCGUAAGGUCAUGUACGCCAUGACCCACAUCAAGGGUGUGGGUAGGCGUUACGCCAACAUUGUUUGCAAGAAGGCUGACAUCGACCUCAGCAAGCGUGCCGGUGAAUUGACCAACGAAGAGCUUGAGCGUGUCGUUGUCAUCCUCCAAAACCCCCGCCAAUACAAGAUUCCUGACUGGUUCUUGAACAGGCAGAAGGAUGUCAAGGACGGCAAGUACUCCCAAGUUGUUGCCAAUGGUCUUGACAACAAGCUCCGUGAGGACCUUGAGCGUCUGAAGAAGAUCCGUGCUCACCGUGGUCUCCGUCACCACUGGGGUGUGCGUGUCCGUGGUCAACACACCAAGACCACUGGUCGCCGAGGAAAGACCGUCGGUGUCUCCAAGAAGAAGGGUUAAGACUAGACGGUUUCCCACGCCAUCGCUCAUUUCAUGCUCGCACAGUAAAUAUAUUUGUAUUCGUCGGAACAUGCCCUCUUGUACAGAACCUUCUUGCUGGGGGGAGAUCGCGGUUACCGUUUCCGAAGUGGAAUCUUUGUUAUGAGGAAGCAACACUGUGGGCCGAAGAUGGGAAGCGGGAGAUGGCAAUGUGGAGAGACGAGGUGGAAGCGAGGCGACCGAUCGAGCGCAGAACAACCACACCCGUGGAGUUUGAAUGAGAGGCCCCAUUUUAUGCCGCACUCGAGUGCUUUCCUCGGUAUGCGUGUUCUCUGGGAGCGAGCGUCAGUAUACAGUCCAU